UGUGGUGACAUGGAUGAUUGGGACAACAGUGAUGACUUAAUUCAGCAACUGGACUUUUCCAGUUGUGGUGAGGAGAGUGAAGACAGAAGUGUAAAUGAGGUGGAUGACUCCCUGAACUCAAGCCCUCUGAGGAGCUGCAAGCCCCAGAAGUGGCCAGACAGCAGUCCUCUGCCAGUGACCCCUCAGAGAAAUAUUAGUGAGAUUUUCCUGAGCAGGACAAAAUCCUGGUUGAGUCCCACCCUGACAGCUUCCCCAGCUAUCAGCAAGAACUGGGGCAAAGUUGAAACACCACUGCACAUCAGCUGGGAAAACCUGCAGCUGCGUGACACCCCACACACUCCUAAGAGCCUGCUAUCGAAGACAGCUUUUCCUUCAUCUGGGACAAAGGUCCCAUCCAAAGGCUUCAGACAUCUGAGAUUUACUCCUGGUGCUGAGUCAGAUGACUCUGCCCAAGCGUCUCUUGUCAACAUUAAUCCCUUUACACCAGAGUCAUAUCGACAAAUGCUCUUUCUUCCUAAUGGCAAGCGGAAGGCCAGAGAAGAGAAGUAUCCUGGUGGAGGGAGCCAGAUUAAGCAGGAGCUACCUAAAAAGAGAUACCCUCUGAAAGAGAGCAAUAUGGUUUCCCGCUACAAGAAGGAGUUCCUGGAAAUAGAAAAAAUUGGUGUGGGGGAAUUUGGCUCUGUCUACAAGUGCAUCAAACGCCUUGAUGGAUGUGUUUACGCCAUCAAACGCUCCACGAGGCCUCUGGCAGGAUCCUCGGAUGAGCAGCUGGCACUGCGCGAGGUUUAUGCUCACGCUGUCCUUGGACACCACCCCCAUGUUGUGCGCUACUACUCAGCCUGGGCGGAGGAUGAUCACAUGAUUAUCCAAAAUGAACACUGCAAUG